AUGAUGGUAUUUGAUAGAAUCUUUUCAGAAAUUAAAAAGAGGGUUGAUAGUGCUACCACGUUGAAUAUGUCAAAUGAAGAACUGCAAAAGCAUGAAGCAGAUCUGGGACGAAACUACGAGCGAGAUUUGAAGGUUGAAUUCUGCCAGGAACUCUACGUUUUUAAAGAGCAAGAAUGUCAAGAAAUUAGUAACCAAGAGGUUAUCUGUCACGAAUCAGUAACAACUCCAUUAGAAGAAGACGCCCCCUGCGAAGUUUUAUUGUUAAGGCUUUUCAAGAACCUCAUCAACUGCCAAACCAUCCUUCUCGACAAUGUGGACAUAAAAAUUCAGAAAAUUCGUCAAAAUAAAUGGAUGAUGAUCAUCUCACCUCAAAACACAGUGGCCCAAAGGAUAUGUGGACAAGACAAUGACAAUGUCUUAUUAGAGGGAACAUUUUUAUUAGAAUGA